AUGACUUUAGAAAGAAACCUCAAAGCAGAAGCAGGAGCAGAAGCAGGAACAGAAACAAAACCAGAAACAGAAACAGACGGCAAGAAAGUGUUCAUCAUCGGCCCCGGCUUCAUCGGGUGGAACAUUCUCGAGCUCCUGGUCGACCAAGGCUACCAGGUCACCGCGCUGACUCGGCGAGCCGAACAUGCCUCAGGCAUCACCCAAUCUGGGGCCCGGGCCUUGAUGGGCACCCUGGACGACCUGGAGCUGAUCACGUCGCAAGCCGCAUCCAGCGACAUCACCAUCCAAUGCGCCACCGGCGACAACCUAGCACUGGCGCAGGCGAUCCUGGACGGCGCCCGCCGCCGCGCCCAGCAAGGCAAAAACACAAUCUACAUCCACACCAGCGGGGCGAAAGUAUUUGACGACGGCGCCAAAGGCAUGUUCCGGUCGGACCGAAUCUACCACGACGACUGGCGCGACGAGAUGGACAGCGUGCCUGAUCACGCGCCGCACCGCGACGUCGAUCUGGCGUUGACGAGGGCCCAAGAAGAGGACUUGCUGCGCGACCACUUGCGCCUGGCCAUCGUCUUGCCGCCCGAGGUGUACGGCUACGAUGCCAAGCAUGGACGGCUGUCGAUGAUGAUCCCGAACCUGACGCGGUUCGCGCUGAGACACGGGCAUCCGCCGGUCAUUGGGGCCGGGAGGGCCGUGGAGACGCAGGUGCAUUAUCGAGACCUGGUGCGUGGAUAUGUGGCCGUGCUGCAUUUCCUGGAACACGCGACCCCCGAGGCCGUGAGGGAGAAUCCGUACUGGCUGUGUGAGAACGGAGAGGAGUUUUCGUGGAUGGAAGCCGCCACAGUCAUUGGAGACUCCCUGUGCAAGGCUGGCAAGAUUGCGGAUCCUACGCCGAAGCAGCCGCCCAGGGAGCUGUAUAAGGAGUUAUGUGGCGAGAGGACGGAGAGCUAUAUGGGCCUCAAUUGUCGCGCGAAGGCCGUGAGGCUGCGCCAGUUGGGCUGGGAGCCGACGGAGAAGGGGAUUUGGGAAUCCUACCUUGAGGAUGAGCUGCCUGUUAUACUGAGCGAGAAUGAGAAUGGAAAAGAAGGAUGA